UUAGAUAAGUUGCCGAUUGAAGUAAUAAAUAUCGGUUUGUACGAUGCGGCAAAUCACAAUCUUGUUAUAGUGUGAUCGGGUCGGACAACAUGGCGUACCUCGGGAAAACCUUCAAGCACAGCAAAGAUGAGAACUUUGAUGCUUUUCUCGACUCAUUGAAGGUCCCAGCAGCAGCUCGCGCGAAGGGCUCCUCUCCCACCAACUCCCUGACCCUCAACCCUGACGGGACCUACACCCUGGACAUCCAGUCCCCGGCCUUCAGCAGCACCCACACCUUCACCUCGGGAGUGGAGUUCAAUGAGCAGACCGCCGCUGGUGUGUCCAAGACCACGUUCACGCUGGAGGGUGACGUGCUGACCCAGGUGCAGCAGUUCCCUCACUUCUCCAUCACCACCAAGAGGGAAUUCUCCGACUCUGAACUCAAAGUUACCCUGACUACGAGCACUUGGGAUGGCGUAGCGGUUAGAUACUACACGGCAGCUUAGAUAUAUUGAUAUACCUACCUACUG